AUGGUGCGGCAGCGUAGCGCCCCGUCGCGCCCUGCUCGCGAUGACUUUAUCAUGACGCUAGAUUCGGAAGAGGAGACCGAGCCUAUGCAAAAGACGCCGUCUGUGUCGCAACCUAGCAAAAAGGUCAAGGCACGUAUUAGCGAGCGCGAAAAGAUUGUCGACCAAGGCACGCCCUCCCAGCGAGCUAGCGCGGGCGACGACGAAGGCCUCGAGAUGGAUGGCUUUGAGUUUGAUGUGGAUGAUGCACAGGAACAAACGGGCAUGCAGGGCUGGCACUUUCAUGUCGACGGCGCUGCUGGAGCGCAGGGUGCAGAGGCAGAGCGCACAACAGUGGACGACAUCAUUGACCGCCAUCGCGGCGGCGUGCAGCUCCCUGCAGCGUUGCAGGAAGCCGAAGAUGAUGACGAUGGAUUCAUACAUGGUGAAGCCGCUGCCCUGAGUGAUGAAACCGACAGCGAAGAUGGGUUUGGUGGCGGCGUACGUGCCGCUAAGCGCCAGGCAGGGGACGACGACGACGACGACGACGACGACGACGAGUCAGCAGAUCCUCUUGAGGACGACGAAGAAGAUGAAGAAAGUCCCGACGAGGCCGUGGAUGAUAUCGAUGACAGUGCAUCCGAUGUAUCAGAGGCGACGCGAGAGCGCCAGGCAGCAUACUUUGCGAAGGACGAGGAGGCAGAUGCACCCGUCGCUUCCUCGUUUGCCUCCUUCCAGCUGAAUCGCGCGCUUCUACGUGGGCUUGCAGCGCUGCACUUUCAAAAGCCGACGCCCAUCCAGGCACGCACGAUUCCCCUGGCGCUCGCUGGCAAGGACAUUGUCGCGGGCGCUGUGACAGGCAGCGGUAAGACGGCCGCCUUUCUCGUGCCGAUCUUGGAGCGCCUUUCGUACCGGGAGCGUGGCGUAGAGGAUGCCAAGUCGCGUGUGGUCGUGCUGUGUCCGACGCGUGAGCUGGCGAUCCAGUGUCACAGCGUAGGACAGGCGCUCGCUCGGUUCAUGGACGUGCGCUUCUGUCUGUGUGUCGGUGGCCUGUCGCUCAAGGCCCAAGAGGCAGAGCUGAAGCGCCGGCCGGACAUUCUCGUGGCGACGCCUGGUCGUCUGAUCGAUCACAUGCGCAACAGCUCGUCGUUUGGUAUGGAAGAUGUCGAGAUCCUUGUCAUGGAUGAGGCGGACCGCAUGCUGGAGGACGGAUUCCAGGACGAGCUCAAUGAGAUUGUACGUAUGUGCCCUGCGAAGCGCCAGACCAUGCUGUUUUCCGCCACGAUGACCGAGGACGUGGACCAGCUCGUGCGCCUGAGUCUGCGGCAGCCCGUGCGCCUGUUUGUCGAUCCCAAGCGAGCGACGGCCGCAAAGCUUGUACAAGAGUUUGUGCGUGUGCGUGUGCCGUCCCAAGCGCGUGGGCGCGAGCUGCAGGAGGCCGAGGACCAGCAGCGUGCAUCCCUGCUGCUGACGCUCUGUAUGCGCACGUUCCGUGCGCAGGUCAUCAUCUUCGUGCGCAGCAAGAAGCUGGCGCACCAGCUCAAAAUCCUGUUUGGCCUUCUGGGCCUCUCUGCAGCCGAGCUGCAUGGCGACCUGUCGCAGGAGCAGCGCCUGCAGUCGCUUUCCCAGUUCCGCGAUGGAAAGGUCGACUUUUUGCUCGCAACGGACCUUGCGAGCCGCGGUAUUGAUAUCCGUGGUGUGCAAACAGUGAUCAACUACGAUAUGCCGGCGCAGAUGGAGCCAUACCUGCAUCGAGUCGGUCGUACGGCGCGUGCGGGGCGCCAGGGCCGCGCUGUGACGCUGGUCGGCGAGUCGGACCGCCGCUUGCUCAAAGCAGUGCUGAAGCGCACGCCGCCGGAGCAGGUCAAGCACCGUCUUAUGCCGGGAGAUGUGGUGCAGCAGCUUUCAGAAACGAUCGCGUCGCUCAAACCCGAGAUUGCGCAGAUUCUCGCGGAGGAGAGGGAGGAGCGUGCGCUGCGCCAGGCGGAGAUGGAAGUGCGGAAGGGCGAAAACAUGAUCGCGCACCAGGACGAGAUUUACUCGCGCCCUGCGCGCACCUGGUUCCAGAGCGACCGUGCCAAGGCGGAGGCCAAGGCUGCGUCCGGCGCGGCGUAUGCGGCGCAGAUGGACCCGAAAAAGAAAGACCGCUUCGCGGGUCUCUCGCGCAGGCAGCGGCGCAACAAGCUCAUGCGAGAAGAAGACGCGAAGGAUGCGCAGCAGGGCGAAGUUCGCGCGGCGAUUCGCGCGGCCAAGCGGUCGCAGCGCCCGCAGCAGCUAAAGGCGACGCGUGCACCACCUGCGAAGCGUGCACGUUCGUCGGCGCCGCGCUCCAAAGGCAGCGCGUUCCACACUGAUAUGUCAUCGCGCUCGAGCCGCGGACGUCGUCCCUAG